AUGGAUUCAGAAAAAGAAGAAGCGGUCACCACGACGCAAUCAAUUGAAGUCCAACACGAGGAAGUCAUCCCGGGGUGAGAUACGCGCCUAUUGAUUUGCAAAGCUUCAGAAUAUUGUUAAACAGUGAAAAUUCAAAUUUAAUUGUUUACAGGUCGUCACCAGAAGGAGUGUUUCCUAACGAUGAACAACACUUGUUCGAAACGUCCGAACACGCAAACAAUCAACAACAUGUCCCAUUGGAAGUAGAGGAUUUGAAGCACGGAGAGGAAAUUGUGGAGGAGCAACCAGUGCAAAUGGGCGAGAUGAUUGUGGAGGACGGAGAUCAUCAAUUCAUGGUACGAAACGGAAUCAUAAAAAAGAAGGAAAGUAGUUUGUUCAGUUUCAGAAUAUGGUUCAAGUAACACCGGAAGACGUUUACGAAGCUGGGUUUGACGUGGAAGAUUUGAACAACUUGACUGAGGAACAACUGAAUAUGGUGGUUGCAAUCAGUCAGCAGAGACAAGCGAAGCAAAACGGUCAAGAACACGCAGAAGAAGGAAACGGCCACCAUCACAUGAUGCACCACGAAAUGAUCGGAAACGAAUUCGACGAAGGAGCAGGAGGAGAUGGCAACGAGUACGGUCCAGACGACGGCCAAUCUCAGAUGAUCGACAAUAACAUGCAUCUCAUACUGACAAGCGACGGCGGAGUGAAUGUGACCGACUUGAAGCAGCGGCAGUUUUAUGUAAGUUUCGAAAUAGGAUGAGAGAGAGAGAAUGCGUUGCCAUGGGCGACGCACCGACAGAGAGACCAAGAGUAUAAUCCGUUGGACGGAAAAGAAAUCAGAAAAUACGUGUGAAUCCUCUGGGCAUAGGUAUACGAAAUACUUAACACUCGUGGUCGGUGAGAGAAGAUGAAAUGCGAUAGAAAGAGAAAGACGGUAACCUGCGAUUAGCAAGCAGAUGAGAGAAGCGCCGCAAAAAGAACAGGUGCAUAGCACAAUUUUCGGAUUAUAAUGAGCAAAUAAUGACAUACAACGGACUAAUUAUCCGAUCUUACGCGCAAUAAUUUUCAGAUCCCGCCGAGUUCCAUCGCUAGUUUAAAUAUCGACCUUAACAAUCUGACCAAUGAUCAAAUCCAGCAGAUUCUGCAAUUGGUUCCAACGACACUGUAAGAAAUUCAGGGAUAACUUUGCCUAUUGAUUUGAAAUAAUUAUUUCAUUAUUUCAGCAAAGAGACUGAAGACAAGAACGACGAAUCUGCGUACAAUCGGGAUGUGCACGAUCAGGCCCCGUCCACCAGUUACCAUCAUCAUCACGGACAAAUGAGAACAGAUAGUAUGGAUAAGCUCGAGAAUGCGAACAAAGUAUUCGUUAGUUACAGAAACUGUUCGGAAUCCGAUGAUAGGUGAAAGUGUGCAAAUCCGCACGCCCGACGGAAGACUUCAGGAUGCCGUGGUCAAGUACGUCAGAGGGAACGAGUUCAAGAUCCAGUUCAUGGAUGGAGAGUUCGCCUACGCGACGACCGACCAAAUGCUCGUUCCGGACAGAAAUCGAGAUCACGUGGACUAUCAGGAGCCCGCUCCAAUGCUCGUUCGCCGGGCAGACAUGGGUCGUAUCGGUCCGCAGAAGAGGACUACAACUUCAGAUGACCUGUGCCCUCCGGUGCUCAAGAGGUCCUAUCAGUUGGCGCCAGUGGUUGAUGGACCGCACGUAGCGCACACUCCCAACUUUUGUUGCCCUAUUUGCGAUAAGAAAGUGUUCCAAAAAGAACCAUCUUACAUUGUCAUUCGGCUGCCAGCCUGUGAUUCGUGUACACGAGAAAAGAUCAUUGUGCUCGACGAACAAAAUUCAUGA